CAAAAAUUCAUCAUCGGCUAAAGUCUUGCAUUUUUUCAUUUAGCUUUGCUGCUAAAAAAAACGUGUUUGUUUGCUAGAAUUGGUUCUAGACUGUGGAAAAAAUCCAAAAAAUUAUCAAAAACCUAAAUUUUGUGAAUUUUUCCAAACAAAAAAGUCAACAAUGAAAUCUACACUCACCGCAAAGGAAGUUCGUUCCUUCUUUUUGGACUUUUUCAAAGAAAAAAAUCACACUUAUGUCCAUUCGUCCAGCACCAUUCCAUUGGAUGAUCCCACUCUCCUUUUCACCAAUGCUGGCAUGAAUCAGUUUAAACCAAUUUUCUUGGGUACAGCCGAUCCAAAUAGUGACAUGGCCAAAUGGGUUCGUACUGCCAAUACCCAGAAAUGCAUUCGUGCUGGUGGAAAGCACAAUGAUCUCGAUGAUGUUGGCAAAGAUGUCUAUCAUCAUACUUUCUUUGAAAUGUUGGGUAAUUGGUCAUUUGGGGAUUACUUUAAAAAAGAGAUUUGUACAUGGGCAUGGGAGUUCCUUACUGAUCGCUUAAAGUUACCCGCUGAUCGAUUGUAUGUUACUUACUUUGGAGGUGAUGAAAAGUCUGGACUGGCUCCUGACGAUGAAUGCAAGCAAAUUUGGCUCAAUUUGGGAUUGAAGCCAGAACAUGUUUUGCCGGGAAGUAUGAAAGAUAACUUCUGGGAAAUGGGUGAGACUGGUCCAUGUGGACCAUGUUCUGAAUUGCAUUUUGAUCGUAUCGGUGGAAGAAGUGUUCCAGAAUUGGUGAAUAUGGAUGAUCCAGAUGUUUUGGAAAUCUGGAACUUGGUGUUUAUUCAAUACAAUCGGGAACCUGAUAGUAGUUUGAAGCCUCUGCCCAAGAAACACAUUGAUUGUGGAAUGGGAUUUGAGAGAUUGGUUUCGGUGAUUCAGGAAAAGAGAUCCAACUAUGACACUGAUCUGUUUAUGCCUUUGUUUGAAGCAAUUCAGAAGGGAACUGGAGCUCCUGAUUAUCAGGGACGUGUUGGAGCUGACGAUGCUGAUGGCAUUGAUAUGGCUUAUAGGGUUUUGGCUGAUCAUGCUCGUACAAUUACCAUUGCGCUGGCUGAUGGAGGAAUGCCAGAUAACACUGGAAGAGGUUAUGUUUUGAGGAGAAUUCUAAGACGUGCUGUGAGAUACGCAACCGAAAAACUCAAUGCCAAACCAGGAUUCUUUGCCACUCUAGUUCACACCGUUGUAGACUUGCUUGGUGAUGCAUUCCCUGAACUCUCCAAAGAUCCUCAACACAUCAUUGAUGUCAUCAACGAGGAGGAACAACAAUUCUUAAAGACCCUCUCACGCGGUCGUAACCUUCUCAAUCGAACAAUCACAAAACUUGGUGAUGCCAAGGUCAUUCCUGGCGAUGUAGCAUGGCGUCUCUACGACACAUACGGCUUCCCAGUCGAUCUUACCCAACUGAUGUCUGAAGAAAAGAAUCUCCAAAUCGAUAUGGACGGUUACGAAGCUGCCAAGCAAAAUUCCUACAUUCUCUCGCAAGGCAAGGGAACAAGUAAAAUCGAUGAAAUCAACAUUGAUGUUCAUGGAAUCUCCGAACUCCAAGGAAAAUCUGUUCCACUAACAAAUGAUUCAUUCAAAUAUCAAUAUUCUGCCAAGUCAGACGAACGAGAAGCUGACUAUGAUUUUAGGCAUUGUAAUGGUAAAAUUGUAGCCAUUCGAUAUGAGAAUCAAUUUGUUGAUGAAGUCACUUCGGGACAAAAGUGUGGAAUCGUUUUGGACAAGACGAAUUUCUAUGCCGAAAGUGGUGGUCAGAUUUAUGAUCAAGGUGUUAUGGUCAAAGUUGAUGAGGAGGAUAAUGAAUUCCUAGUCGAUCGAGUGUUCAAUCGGGGAGGAUACAUUUUGCACAUUGGAGUUGUUGAGGGAACACUCAAAGUUGGUGACAAUUUGAAUUUGCAAAUUGAUGUUGCCCGCAGGAGUCUGACAAUGAAAAAUCAUUCUGCCACUCAUGCUUUGAAUCAUUGUUUGUUACAAGUUUUGGGCAAAGAUACCGAACAAAAGGGUUCCCUGGUUGUCCCAGAAAAGUUAAGAUUCGAUUUUAACAGCAAAGCAGCUAUGACUAUCGAACAGGUAGCAAAGACGGAACAAUUAACUCGUGAUAUGGUCUAUAAAAAUGUGCCUAUCUAUGCUAAGGAAUCCAGUCUGAAAGUUGCCAAGUCUAUUCGUGGUCUACGCUCGGUAUUCGAUGAAGUAUAUCCAGAUCCAGUGAGAGUUAUUUCUUUUGGAGUUCCUGUCGAGGAUUUAGAGGCAAAUCCAGAUAGCGAAGCUGGUGAGAAGACAUCUGUGGAAUUCUGUGGUGGUACUCAUUUGCGUAGAUCCGGCCACAUUGUUGACUUUGUCAUUAGCAGUGAAGAAGCCAUUGCCAAGGGUAUUCGACGUAUUGUUGCUUUAACCGGCCCCGAAGCAGUGAAAGCACUGAAAAAGACUGAAAGCUUUGAAAAUGAAAUUAAUUCCUUAAAGACCAUUAUUGAUGCUGAUAAAGAGGGCAAGAGUUCUAAGGAUCAUGUGAAGAAGAUUGUUGAACUUACUGAAGCUAUCUCACAAGCACUCAUUCCUCAUGUGAAGAAGGACGAAAUGAGAAAUGUUCUUAAAAAUUUGAAAAAGACUCUCGAUGAUAAGGAACGUGCCGUUAAAGCUGCUGUUGCUGUCACCGUAGUCGAGAAAGCUAAAGAAAUAUGCCAGGCUAAUGUAAACACUCCAGUUAUUGUCCAACAAUUGGAAGCCUUUAACAAUACCAAAGCUCUCGAUGCUGCUUUGAAACAAGUACGUGCCUUAAGUCCAGAAACAUCGGCUAUGUUUGUCUCAGUCGAUGUGGAUUCCAAGAAGAUAUUCUGUUUAACCUCGGUGCCAAAGGGUGCUGUGGAAAAAGGUCUCAAAGCAAACGAAUGGGUUCAGCAUAUUUCGACUACUUUGGGAGGCAAAGGAGGUGGCAAAGCUGAAUCUGCUCAAGCAUCUGGACCGAAUUACGACAAAGUCGAUGAGGUUCUGAAAUUAGCUUCAGAAUUUGCCAAGACUAAACUAGGAGCUUAAGUUCAAAAAAUAUAUUAUAUCGCAUUUUAUUUCUUUUUUUCUCAAAAAUUUAUAUACACACAGCAAGCUUUUUUUAAUGAAUAAAAAUUGUUAAAGGCUUUUCUUUUUUAACUAUUUAUACUUCA